UCAGAAGUCAGAUUUCUCACAGGAACAGCCACUUCACUGGAAGCAGAAGCACGUUGCAGUUGGCCGCCUUCAGAGUCUGCCACCAUGUCCAGAGUCACCAACCUGUCCAAGCUGAGGCAGGAGAGGAUGAGGGAGAUCAACCUGAGGAAUAAAGAGAGAGAGAGGAUGAGGGAGCGAGAGAAGGCUGCGAGGGAGAGAGAGGCUCGUUACAGUAACGGACACCUCUUCACGUCUUUGACAGUUUCAGGAACAACACUCUGCUCGGCCUGCAACAAGAGCAUCACGGCCAAGGAAGCGCUCAGCUGUCCUACUUGCAAUGUGACAAUCCACAACCGCUGUCGAGACACUCUGCCAAACUGUGCCAAGAUGAAACAGAGACAGCAGAAAACAGCCUUGCUGAGGAAUAACUCAGCUCUGCAGACAGUCACACUGCGAACAAAAACUCCAGGAAUGCGAGAGCGUCCAACGUCAGCCAUCUACCCCUCUGAGAGCUUCAGACAGACGCUGCUGGGAUCACGCAGAGGACGCUCUGGCCUCUCGCUGUCCAAGAGUGUCUCCACCAAUAACAUCUCUGGGACGCUGACUGAUGACUCUCCUUUGGGUCUACGAAGAAUCUUGUCUCAGUCGACAGACUCGCUAAGCUUCAGGAACAGAGCCAUGUCUGUGGAAUCUCUUAAUGAUGAUGGUGAGAUCUACUACACCUCAGUCCUGGAGGAGAUUGAGUAUGAAGGCCAAGACUUUAAGGCAGACUCAUGGAGCAUGGCGGUGGACAGCAGCUACCUACAGACUCACCGCAAAAACGUAAUAAAGCGGCAGGACGUCAUCUACGAGCUGAUCCAGACCGAGCUACACCACAUGCGAACGCUGCACAUCAUGGAGCGGGUGUUCAGGCAGGGCAUGCUGGAUGAGCUGCAGCUGGACCCGAGCACAGUGCACGCCAUGUUUCCCUGCCUGGACCAGCUUAUCCGGAUACACUCCCAUUUCCUGGCACAACUUCUACUGCGACGCAACCUCAGCCUCCACCCGGGCUCCAGCCGCAACUUCACCAUCCACCAGCUGGGAGAUAUUCUGCUUGAGCAAUUCUCAGGUCAGUGUGCAGAUGACAUGAGGAAGACAUAUGCCGAGUUCUGCAGUCGCCACCUGAAAGCAGUCAAACAUUACAAAGAGCUCCUGGCCAGAGACAAGAGGUUCCAGUGCUUCAUACGGCGGGUGAGUCGGGGUCCGUUGCUGCGUUGCCAUGGUGUUCAGGAGUGCAUCUUAUUGGUGACUCAGCGGAUCUCAAAAUAUCCUGUUCUCAUCCAAAGGAUCCUGGACAACACUACAGAUGAUGACGAGGAGGCGUCGUCUCUGGCUCAGGCUCUCUCAUUGGUCAGAGAACUACUGAGCUCAAUAGACCAACAGAUGGAGGAUUUGGAGAAAACUCAGCGUCUGCAAGAGAUCCAGGCCAAACUGGAUCCACGAGCAGAGACCAGAGUCCGAGACGGAUCACUCUUUAAACCAGCAGAGCUUUUUAGACGGAAACUGGUCCAUGAGGGGACACUGUACUGGAAAACGCCUGGAUCGAGGCUCAAAGAUAUUCAGGUCCUCCUGAUGACAGACAUACUCGUUUUUCUGCAGGAGAAAGACCAGAGGUACAUCUUCCCAUGUCUGGACAAGCCCCCUGUCCUCUCCCUUCAGAACCUCAUCGUUAGAGAUAUAGCCAAUCAGGAUCGAGGGAUGUUCCUCAUCAGCGACUCGUCUCCUCCUGAGAUGUAUGAGUUUCACGCCGCCACCAAAGAGGACAAGAACGUGUGGAUCCGACACAUCCAGCGCACUGUCAGCAAGUGUCCAUCAAGGGAGGAGUUUCCUCUCAUAGAGACAGAAUACAAAGCUCACCUGAGGAGGCUCAAAGCUGACCUGCAGCAGAAGGACCGUGAGAUGUUGGAGCUGCUGCAGGAGCGAGUCAUGUUGUUCUGCGAGCUGACAGAGGUGACCAGCGGUCAGGACGGGCUGCAGCCGCCCAUCACACGAUAUUUAUUCAGAGCGGAUACGCCACAAGCCCCACGAGCUGAGAAACUGCUGAUGGACGCCACAGCCGAGGUGGACAGACUGAGCGAGCUGCUCCUGGGCUCCAGCUUAGACAUCCCUCUGCUGUAUCAUCACAACCACUUGGAGGCACUAGAGACCAGUGAUCAGGACCUGCUGAUGAAUGGAGUUCAUGACUUCUUUGCAGCAAAGGAUUGUAUGAGGAGUCCUGACCAGCAGCAACCAUCGGAGAUCUAUCAGAGGCUGGUAAACCUCAGUGUCUACCUCCAUGCCCUCCAGGCUGCGGUCAUCAAACAGGACUCCAUCUUAGAGCUUCUGCUUCAGCCUCAGGACGCAGUGUCUCCUGCAGGUGGAGGAGUGUGGCGCCCUCUGUGGCGGGACGGUGGGAAUCGUGAGCAAAGCGUGGGGUCGACCAUCGGGGAGCUGGCUCUCCUGCAGAGGCAGCACAGUCUGCUUCAAGAGGAGCUGCUGAGGCUGAGAGACGCUGAGAAUCGAUUCAAGGACAGUGAGAGAGCGCGCACCAAACUGGAGCGACAAGUCCGACACAUGAAGGUCUGCAGCGGUGCCGCACCCAACGCCAAUGCCCAGCAGCACGUAGAGAUGGUGUCACAGGUGUCUCACCAAUCAGGUAGAGGAGCUGACAUGCAGCGAGGUGGCCAGGAGCCUGUCAGCCAAUCAGACGACCUGCAGGAUGGCAGUGAUUUGGAGGUGGACAUGACAUCAGACGAUGACGAUGGGACAGCGUCAGAAAGCUCCAAAGAUCUUCAAGAUAUCCCAGAAGAAAUCUGAUUGUCUGCAUGCACCGCAGUGCUUUCAGUAUCAGUAUGCUAUAUAAUGUGAACGCUGCACAUGGUUGUGCUUUCUGGACAAAAAGAACAACAAUGUGGAGAUCUAAUGUUGAUUUAGCUGCUUUGCUUUUUCAGUAGUGAGCUUUGUGACAGUGAGAUGUUUUAUUUUCAGCUUUGGAAAGGAUAGAUUUCUGUUUUUACACCAGGAGAACAAAGGAAGGAAAACAGAUAGAUUUUAAUAACAUUGAAUGUUUUCAUCCUAGGAUUUGACUUGGGUGGUAACGGCUACUUUUUCAGUGUGUCAUGGGGAAAAAAAUGGCACUUGAUUAAAGAAAAACAUCAGGGAAUUUUUUUAGAUGUUUUUAGAUGGAGAAAUAGAACAGGAGAGAGAAAGCUGCAUGAAAAUGAGCUUACAAAUGUCAUUUGCACUUUGUAGUUCUUACUUUGACUUCAUCUAAUUAUAUUUGAUAAAAAUGUAGUCUUAAACACACGUCAAAGGCAAAUAAUCAGCAAAAGGCUGAAAUGAUAAGCAAUAGGACGAGUAUGGAACAGAUUCAGAAGCAAUGCAAAUUCAAAAACGUGCUAAAAAAAUGCACUUCUGAAAAAUGUGUUGGAAAAAGCAGAAAACUAGAAAAGCACUCGGAGAGUGCAGACCUCCGCCAAUAGCCCAAUCUCCCAAUAGUGAAGAAUCCUUUUAAAAAUUCCUGGGUACAGACAGUGAUCCGGAUCACUCCCAAAA